AUGGCGGUCGAGAGAUCACGCGGCGCGGUCGCGGGCGCGUUCGCGCUCGUCAUCGCCGCCGGAUUGUCCACCGCGAUCGGGAGCGCGUUCGUGUUCUGUAGCGCGAGGGCGAACACGAAGGCGCUCGCGCGAAGCCUCGGGGCGAGCGCCGGGGUGAUGAUAUACGUCUCGUUCGCGGAGAUUUACGGCGUGAAGAGCGUCGAGGCGUUCACGGAGGUGUGCGAUGGAGACGGGGCGUGUGGGAUGCGGUACGCGUCGCUGUGCUUUUUUGGAGGGCUGACGUUCAUGUACGCGCUGGACGCCGUCGUGCACGAGUUGCCGUCGGUGGGACGGCGCGCGAGAAAGUGGUGGCGCGGACGCACGAGUUCGAGCGAUGAGGAGGUGCCGGACACGCCGAGAGGGGAGCAGCGUAACGAUAUUUUUUGUAUUCACGGCGAUUUGGAGACGCACGUGAGGAACGUGACGGAGAUGGAGAAAGGGAUGGCGAGGUCGGAGACGCAGAGCGACGAUAGCGCGAACACCGAUGAUGAUCGGACGACGGCGCCGGAGGACAACGUGAUGAGCGUGGGCGUGGGUAACGUCGACAUGACGGACGUCCAUCAUAAACCGCUCGAGGCGAAGCAGUUGAGGAACAUGGGCGUGCUCACCGCCAUCGCCAUCGGCUUGCACAACUUCCCCGAAGGUUUGGCCACGUUCGUCGCCGCGCUGGAGGACACCAAGCUCGGCGCCGCGCUCGCCGUCGCGAUCGCCAUUCACAACAUUCCCGAGGGGAUCUGCGUCGCCAUGCCCAUUUAUUACGCCACCGGAAGCAAGUGGAAGGGAUUCUGGUGGUCCUUCGUCUCCGGCUUGACGGAACCCGUCGGCGCCUUGGUGGGAUACGGCGUCUUAAAGGGCAACGACAUGUCCCCCGCCGCGUUCGGCUCCCUCUUCGCCCUCGUCGCCGGCAUGAUGGUUUUCAUCUCCGUCAAGGAGCUCAUCCCGACCGCUCUCAAGUACGACCCCCACGACGAGGUCGUCACCACCUACGUCUUCGUCGGCAUGGCGCUCAUGGCGCUCAGCCUCGUGUUAUUCGCCCUCUGA